AUGAAACCCAGCGAAGAAUUUCCAGAUGAGGUGUUAGAGGAUAUACUAGUGAAACUGACUGUCAAGAAUCUCGUUCGAUUCAUGUGCGUAUCGAAACAAUGGCAAUUUCUUCUCACCAGUCCUGCUUUCGCCAGAUUGCACUUGCAUCACAAUCAGUAUCACUCCAACUCUCUCAUCGUGACAGGGUCAUCGGGUACAUAUGCAAGCAUGAUAGAUCUGGAAAAUAUUCCACAACAAGGAGGAAAAGACGAGGUAGAGGGCGCCUCCAGGAAUCUCCAUCUCCAGUUUCAGCUGUUUCCUUCCCAGCAAUAUUACAACAUGACAUCUUGUGAUGGUAUUUUGUGCAUUGCCUUGAACUGUGAAACUUUGCUAUUAUGGAACCCAUGUAUCAACGAGUACAAAAGACUUGCGGUUCCCGAGCGUUUUAUAUCCCGAGGAGAGGCUUUAGCACUUGGUUAUGAUUCAUCAAUCAAUGAUUAUAAGGUGGUAAGAUUUCCAUCCCGUUGGCUCAUAGAACAUAUUGGUCGAAGCCCUACAGCAGUUGAAGUAUUGACGGUGAAAUCGAAUUCAUGGAGAAGAGUUUCUGAUUAUGAGUAUCCAUAUUUAAUGAAAAGGCUAGAACAAGAACAGGCAGUGGCUGCAGCAGAUGGGGGUUUGUAUUGGUUUGCAUAUCGUCGUGUAGAAAGAGUCUAUUUUCCAGACUCUAGAAAAGUAUUAAUCCGCUUUGAUUUAGCAGAGGAGACAACAAGUGAAGUAGCAAUGCCUCCCAACGUGAAACUCCAUGAUCCCUGCCUUGGGUUGGGGGUUUCAGGAGGUUGCCUCUCUUUAAUUAGUGAGAAGCCAGGCUGCUAUUUCCUGUACCUGGAGUUGUGGGUGAUGAAGGAAAAAACUUGGGUCAAAUUUUACGACAUUCGCCGAAACUUUUACAUUAAUUCCCAUCAAAAUAUUGGGAUUAUGCCAUUGUGUCUAGGCAAGGAUGGUGCACUUCCACUGCUUGUUGUCAUAAAAGAUCACUGGCCAGAACCCGCAUUCCUUAUCUAUGAUCCUGAACACAAGACUUACAGGAAAUUUCUGGUUCCUGAAGCUUUUUACAUAACCACUGGCAUCAUUCUGCAUUCUCAUAGUCUCAUUUCACCCUCAACUCAUAUGUGA